GGCCGAAUGGCCUCCUCUCGUUCCUUAUUUCUUAAGUGUGAGGUUUGAGAGAAAGUUAUGGGUGCCCUUCUAUAAGCAGUCCUUUAAAAUUAAUAGUUCCGGUUAACAGUUAAAUUAAAAGUACGUAGGGUGACUUCUCGUCGUCUUUGGAAUACUCUUCUGUAUUUUGCACCUUACUGCGUACAAUUGUUGUCCGAUAAUUAGUUUGAUGGUUCUCGCUGAGCUUCUAUUUUAAAAACACUGCACACAAGUCAUUUUACACAGGCGAUACGAGGCGGUUGAUAGACUUGUCCAUUUAUUUUUUCCCCCACAAUAUAGGCCUACUCAUUAGGAAAGAAAUGUAUAGUUUUGUCUCCCUUGCCAGUUGCCACCAUUGUUAUACAGCUACGUAACAAGCAGCGACAACAUUUGUCUUUUCAUCGUUGAUUUGAAUCUGAUUCAAUAGCCUAAGAGCCAACAAAAAACGCAGAAUUAGAUUGCGGCAGUUCGCGUUUUAGCCCCAAAGUGUCUUUAAUUGAUCAUAAGCACCGAAUCACGCCGGUUUCCGCAGUUCAGCCGGAUGUUUAUGUUUCCAUGGCUAUUGUAUGGAGAUGAAGCGUACUUUCCUGAAAACGACUGGCGAGGUAGCCUAUAACAUUAAAGAAAGGUUUGUGCGAUGACAACGAUGACGGAGUUGCACCAGGCUGUCGCAUCUGAGGACUACGAUCUGGUGGAAGAAAUAGUAAAGAGUAAGAGAUGCAACCCCAACCAGAAAGACGUCGACUGGGAUUACAGGACGCCACUCCACUGGGCAGCCGCAAAAGGACAGGCAGACACAGUAAGGAUCCUGUUAGAGCACGGUGCAAGCCCCUGCCUGAGGACUGCUUCAGGCUGGACCCCCACCCACUUCGCCGCAGAGUCAGGGAGGCUGGGUGUGCUCCGGCUGCUGCACUCCACACACGCCCCCAUCGACACGGAGGACUGCUCCGGAGACAGACCCAUGAGGAUCGCGCAAAUUUACGGACACAAGGAUUGUGUGGAAUUCCUUAAAACUUUGGGUUCGUUGCAGAGCAGAAGAGGAGUGCAGAGCGUACCGCAAGCAGGCCCAUCUCAAAGGCAUCGCCUUGGAGGACGUAGACGAGGAAUGGGAGGAGCAAAAGAGAGAAAUCGAGCUAAACAGACAUGCUAAACAAAACACGAUUUGUGAUUCAAAACAGAAGAUGACGUUACAUUCCGUAAAAACGAAAGGCAAAACACAUGUUUCGAAAAUGUCAACGGCAAACAAAUAGCACACUUACUGUAGUUUAAACAGCCACCCAGGUGAAAUUAGGAAUUAGUUUGGUAUAAAAAAACAAACCAUUCAUUAUCAUUGCAGUUACAUGUUUUAUGAUAAUAACAGGUUAUGUCCAUAUUUCAUUGCCAUAAUCUUUAAUCUAGCACAUGGUUGUGAUGCACCUAACUUGAUGUUUUUGGACUGCGGGAGGAGUUUAAUGGGGAAAAUGUAUAAAACUCAUGCUGUCAACUGGGGGUGGAAAUCUAACCCACAAUGCAGGAGUUAAGCCAAAAUGCUACCCAGGAGUGCGUUUCUCCAAAGCUUCGUAACGCUAAGUACUCUGUUAUCUUGCACUUAAGAUCAGCCGCUAGUUAGCGAGUGUUUAUUUAAUCCUUUCGUAACUAAGGUAUACUUAGUGUAAUGCAGGGGCGGGCAAUCUUAUCUGCAAAGGGCCGGUGCGUAUGCAGGUUUUUGGGAUAACCUGAAGGUCAGCUGUUCAAACCCAGGUGUGAGGACUCUUCAGCCAAUCAGUCCUCUAAUUAGUAAUCUAAUUAGGGAGUUGCAGCGAAAACCUGCAUACACAGCGGCCCUUUGCGGAUAAGAUUGCCCACCCCCGGUGUAAAGUAUAAAGAAACUAUGAAGUAUAAAGCUAAAAAAGAUACUGUACUGUCGAUAACAGGAACAAGAAACCAAACCUGGAUCCAAACUUCACUGGGUUCCGGGUAGGUCUCACAU